CUUAUGGCAUCUAUAACAUCAUUGCAAGUGUACAAAGCUGUAAAGAAAAACAAAACAAGGUGAUCGAAGCUUUAAAGGAAUACAGAAAGGUCGACAAAGCACUUGAUGAAUCAAUUACCCAAGCUAAAGAAGCAAAGCAGUUGAUUCAAGAGGCAUGGGAGAACAUGAGAAAAGAUCUCACAAGCCCUGAGUUCAUGGAUGAUCUGAAGGAAGUCCAGAACGUUAUUCUCAGUCUGUCCACUCAAAGUCAAGACCUCAAAAUCGCGGCGGACAAAGUUCAAAAAUACAUCGAAAAAGCUAAAGUCGUGGAUGGACAGAAGAGGCUGUAUGAAAUCAUCAGGGAACUCUCUGAAGGGCUCGGCUCCAUCCCAUUCACCCUCGACUGCUACACCGAGAAAGUGCAGAUGGCUGAGUAUGUCCUGCGUGAAUGCAAACGAGGAACCGAUUCCUUUGAAGCUUUAUACAGCCAAGCAAUUGAACAGUUUGAUACGAAAGCCAAAAGCUGUGAAGAUAAGAUUGGAUAUGCUCACAUUGAAGAACCAGCUAUCAAAAUCGGGUUGGCAGAACUAACGCAGAAAGAAAACUUCCAAGAAGAUUGUAUACUGAACUCGCCUUUGCGAAAAUCACUGGCCUGCAAAUACAAGAGCGAAAAGUACAGCGAUAAAGAAAUUGCUGAGAAGAUUGAAGGCGUUUCAGAAGAACAGGUCGAGUUUCUAACCAAGGACUGCCCGAAGUCUUCUCUUUCCCCAGCAGAAAAGACACGCGUGUGUAACUUAAGAAAAGCGGAUAAGACAUUAUUUACAGAUGAGAAGAUCGCUUCGACACUGGGCCUCAAUGUAGACGACGUUAAGUCAGUUAAAUGUUAAGAGGUGCAUCUUAAAAAUCACAGGAAGCCCAAAAUUGAUCAAACAGUUUGAAACUGGAAGCCCGAGUUUGGAAAAGAAAAUGAUAGACCUCAGGAAGUACAUUGUAAUGAUUUAGUUCGUAUUUUAGUCUGUAGUCUGUUGACAUGAGUUGUUUUGUGAAGGCGAUUGUAGUUGUAUAAAUAAAUCAGACCGUACGGCAUUAUGAAAACA